UCUCAUACUCUCAUUGGAUUCUUCUCUAUCGCUUUCUUGCCUUGCAUGGUAGCGUACAGGAUGAACGGCUUUGAUUUCGUAAACGAUUCUCUUUCCAAAGUGUGAGAUACUCAAGGCUGUCGAUGUGUGCACUUUGAGAAUAUAGCGGUUUGACAAGCUUGUAGUUAUAGCUGAAGUCAUUUGUCAGUGAGGCUGGUGGUUGGAAAUUAAAGGUGAACAUUAUUGUGAGCAAUGGGGAAGCAUACACACAAGAAACGCACUUGCAUAUCUUUGUUUAAUAGUCAUCCGAGAUGCUUGUGGGGUAUUAUGCUUAACGUGCUUGAGUUUCAAGAUUGGAGUUAUGUCAAGAAAAGACUUCCACACUGGAAGCACGGUGGUAAUAAACAGGCCAGGGGAGAUGGAAAUCCAGUAAAUAUUAAAGCAUCAGCUGCUGAUAAUUUGCAAGCAACCAGCAAUGCCAAAGUGAAUAACUCUAAUGCUGAGAAGGCGAAACAGGCAGCUCCAGAAGACAAAAAUUCUGUUAAAGCUAGGAUAAAAUCUCAGCUUGGUGAAAAAGUGUCUAAGACGAAGGACCAACUUCAUCGGAGUUCAACCUACCCUACAAAACCACAAUUGACGAGAACAUUGUCCUUCCAUCGUUUAGACCCUUUGCAAGAGGAUUUUCUUGCCGAAAUAAUAUCUGAUGAUGAAAGUGCUGGAAUUAUUAAUGAAAACAAUGGUGACUCCCAUGCUACUGGCUUAAAGGGUCCACUAUCUAAGUCAUUGAGAGAGUUAAUUGCCAAGGAAACAUACGAAGAUCAUCAACUGAUGCUUGCCCAAAAUGACUUGGGGCAUAAUCAGAUUGAUGAAACGUCUGAAACUCAACUCAAAGAAAAUCACAUGCCUCCUCGGGAUGACUCAAAGGAAGCUUUGUUGGAGAUAAAUACCAAGGAACUCGCAACAGAUGCUUCACUUUACUGGUCAGAGGAUUUCCUGAACUCUCUAGAUAUAAUCAAGUUGAACAAAGAGUUCUUUAUAAAACUUAUGCAUGACCCAAGCUCUCCUUUGGCUAAACACUUCCACAGUCAACAAAACCUCCGUGCAAGAACAGGAUUAACCAAGUCUAAAACUUUCCCUUUGCAUAGCUUGUCAGGCCAAAGAAGUUACGGACCAAGAAAUCUCAAACAGAAGAAGAAUGUAAUUGAAUCUCAUGAAAUAGGAGGGAAGAGGCAAGUUGCUGGUCAAGUGCAAAAUUCAAUUGAGCGUGGGUCUGAAGAAGAUGUCUAUAAUCACUCAAUGCAACCAACAGUUAUUGAGUACAGGGCAGAUGGAAUUCAAAAAGUAGACAAUGAAAUGGAUGAAACUGGUAGUAGUUCUUCUUUAGCUUCAUCCCAGCAUCUAAAAAGCAGUGUUAGGAAUCAAGCUGCGGUUAAGCUUUUCAAGCAUCUCAAACAAAAAAUAAAACAUGCAAUAAAAGAGAGUAAAAAGGAGAGGGAUCGUAUUGCUUUGGACGCAGUUCUUCACAAAAUUCCUUGUGACCAGGGAUUCUCUAGAGACUUGAAAAUGGAAAAUUUUGAUCAGUUUAAAGAUUCUUUUAUCAAGAGUGAUGGUAAAGACAGUCCUGCAAGUAGUAAUGAGAGCGUUCGCACUACUCUUAGUAGCAAGAGUGGACUUCCCCACGUGAAAAGAGCGUCUCUCAGUGAAACACUCAAUACAUUCACUCAAUUGUAUGAGCCUAAUUUCAACAGAGAAGCCAAACAGUGUGUCUCUGGGGGAUUAAAAUUGAGAAGAGAAGAGACGACUUUGCUUUCUAGAAGUACUCCAAAAUCUCUGACAAGGAUUUUUUCCUUACCUGAGCUCAAAUCUUAUUUUUGUCAGGGUGAGGAUCCUGUUGAUGCCUCUCCAUGGAUGCUAGUUAGGGCUCCUUUAGAGGAAACUGCCAGCAUAAGUAGUUUUGGAGAGCAAAAUAAUGCAGAUAUGCUUGUAGCUUCAGAACAUAGUUCGCAGUUAGAUAAUCUUGUUGAAGGUCAAAUUCAAGAAAACUUGACAAAGGUUACUGAAACAGACCCAGUUAUUGGAGAUCAAGUGGGAUCAAAUUCAGUUGCAUGCAUCAGUGCAAAUGCUGAGGUGGGUAGACUUGUUGAUGAUUUGAACAACUUGAUGUCAAAAGACAGUACAUCUAAUGAUGAUCAAGAUAUUGAGCCUGUAGCUACUAAAGUGGCCGAACCAAGUCCACUUCCAGUGCUUGACUUAAAGUUUCAAGAGGUUGCAGAUAGCACUGUAGAUUUUUUCAUUUCGGAAGAAUCAGAAGUAAAACUAGGAUACCUCCUUUCAGGAGAACAGGAUUCUUUUACAGGUCAUCAAGAUGAUUCCAGCAUGUAUACACACACCGUGGCUCUUAGCAGUGACUUUGAGAAAUCAAAUGUUCCAAGCAACCAUGUACAUAUUGACAUUCCACUUGUUCAAGUGGAUGUAAAAGAUAAAGCUAAGUUUGAUUAUGUGAAAAACGUACUGAAGCUGUCUGGAUUCAGUGGGAAUGAGUCCCUUGGAAUAUGGCAUUGUGAUUACCAGCCAGUUGGUCCUUCUGUAUAUGAUGAAAUUGAGGGCUGCAUACCACUUGAUCUUGACUGUUCAGGAAACGAAGAUGGUAGUUGUAAUCAAAUGCAUUUAUUUGACAUGAUCAACGAAAUAUUGAUAGAGAUUUAUGAGAGGUCAUACAGCUACUAUCCCAAGCGCCUGUCUUCUCUUUGCCACAUUCAUCCAAUGCCAGCAGGACACAAUGUUCUCAAGGAGGUCUGGACAAAUAUAAAUUCAUACUUGAGCUUGAGACUGGAACUCGACCAUUCAUUGAACUAUAUCGCUAGCGAAGAUCUUUCAAAGAAUGAUAGGUGGAUGGACCUCCAAUUCGAUUCUGAGUGCGUCGGGCUUGAACUGGAGGACUUGAUUUUGGAGGAACUUAUUGAGGAAACAAUCUUUUCAUGAAGAACUUUAGGAUGAUCAGGUUUCUUCCUAAGAUCUUAUACAAAAUUUCAUCUAUUCCUUGAUUGUGUAAUUAACAUUCAGCACCAUAGGUAGGAAUAGGAUACAGAAAAGAUGAAAGAGGAAAUAAUUCUUUUGUAUAUUGUAGAGUUAGAAAAAUGUAAUAUAUUCCUUUUAUUCAUAAAGUUGUUCUUCUGGAAAGAAAAAGGAAGAUGCAAAUUUUUAGUAGUAAAGAGGAUAUAAUUAAUGUUGCAGUUAACAGCUGAAGAUAGUUUA